AUGAAAUCGCUUUCAUCGGGGAAAGCCUUUGUGCGCCAAGUUUGGGAGGAUGAGAAAGAGGUGGAAGAGUACCGUUGGGGUUGUUACCCGGAGUUCGCAGAGAUGAUCGCAGAAAGUGGGAGCUGGAUUAGCAUUAAUCAAAAGCUUCAAAUGUAUUCAGCUCAUAUCGAUCGAAGAGAGAACAGCCUUUUCCCGAGAAAUCAUGCGAUACAAGUAUUGACAAUGUCUGAGGAUUCAAUCGAAAAUCACCUUGAAAUUUACUGUACCAUACACACGGAUCGAGAAAUGGCCGUAGUGAAAGGGUACAUUCGAGAGAUCUGGCAAAGAGCUUGGGAUCCUCGAAGGGGUUUCUGGACACCGAAUCUUAUUACAUGUCCACUCCCAAAUCGAAUACGUGACCAUACUUCGUUUGUCAUCUCGUUAAAUAAACGACCGUGUAUUGGUGGAAAAGAGGGAUUACGAGUGAAUGAAAAACGAACGUUAAAGCCGAAAGGAUCCGAGCGUCGAGUGGCCGUUUGUUUAAAAGGAAUGGAUUUUCAGGAAGAAAUUGGUGAUCGUUUAUUGGAGUGGAUAGAGGCUCAACUUUUACUAGGAGUCGAUCAUAUAACAAUCUACACCUAUAGUGUUUCGACAAAAGCAGAGAAAGUUUUGCGUCAUUUUGUGAAUCAAGGGACUCUCGAUUGGAUCAAAUUAUCUCUACCCAAUGGUUUUCCCAAUGAUCCCAUUGAGCGAAGUGCGUACAUAUGGCGAAAUCGUCAACAAAAACGUCGUCUUGAACUCAUUCCAUACAAUGAUUGCUUUUAUCGUUUCAUUAAUACACACGAUUAUGUACUAAUCAUCGAUUUGGAUGAAGUGAUCAUUCCACAAAAACACGACAACUACAGUAGUUUACUCUAUGACUUUGAAAAAGAGAAAUCAAAAAAAUUAUUGUCAUCAAUCAAUGUUCGAAAUGUGUUCAAAUUCCCGGAAAAGUCGGCUCAAUAUCCGGCUCAAUAUCCAACUCAAUAUCCGGCUCAAUAUCCGACUCAAUAUCCAGAAUAUUUGUACAUGCUGAGAAACAAUAAACGCUCACGAAAAACGAGUAAACUUGGUGAUUAUGGGAAAAGUUUUACCAAUACUAAAAAUGUGGCUACAGUUUUCAACCAUUUCGCUUUACAUAAACAGUUCAAAGAGGUUUCCCCAUCAGUUGGUCUACCAGAAGAAGUGGCUGUGAAAUUACACUAUAAAGAAAAGUGCCCAAUUGAAUCUCGAAAUGAAUGCGAAGAGUUACUGAAUGAUCGAGUGAUUGAUAAAAGUUUUGAUCGAUGGAUGGAACGAUUGAGAGAACGAGUGGAAACGACACGGGGAUUGCUCAAUUUC